UUGAAAUCAGAUUACUUCAUUUAGGCCAAAUGAAAGUCUACCGACUGAGGAGUGCAUGUUUGUAUUAGAUUGAGCAGUAAGUCAGUUACAUAAGCCGCGACACGUUGCACUGUUGUUUUAAAUGAUGAUGAAGCUGUCAGUUUGGCUGCUGUUGGCCCUGCCGGCUCUGCACACUGAAUCAGUCCUGUUCCUGGACCCGAGUCUGGGGGAAAAGGUUCCCAAUAUCACCGCUAACGGAUCAAGAAAUCAAUCCCGUCCAGCUCCCGUGAAGAUUGAGACCAAGCCGGACCGGUACUCAUCCGUCAACCUCGUUCAAACCAAUCUGGAAUGGCAGUUCUUUAACCACUCCGUCCCCAAAGAAGCAGUUUCAAUCUACAACCAAUAUGUUGGGCGGACCGACUAUGUUUGCCAAUUCUGGUGCAACGCCGGCUUCUACAGCCCCGGCGUCGAUCCUUACUGCCACUACUCCCACAAAGGGAAAGAGUUCAACAGCUUUUUAUGGCCAUUUCAGAUCCUCGUGAACAAAGACAGCUUUGAGUUGUUGGAAUGGAAGGAUGGCUCUUACGGUUCGGUGGCACCACAUUCCGUCAAGACCUGCUCCAACGAAGUAUAUGUUGGGAAAAACGAGUAUGGUCUCGGAAAGGUGGACGUUCAUGAUCAGGCUUUCUACCUUCCCUGGGAAGGUUCUGAGUAUUGGUACAGGUACUACCAGGUCCUGACCAUUAACAAGGAUAUAUACAGUGAGAACUUGUCUGAGGUCAAGUAUAACACCGUAGGGGUUAAACCCAUUGCUUAUCCUCCGGAGACCAUGCGCAAGUCUGCUGUCACUAACUACCAGUGCCAGACGGUCAAAGCGACAGCAACAAUCUCAAAGAUGAACCAGGUGGAGCACAGGUGGGACACCAGCUAUUCCAUUACUGUUGGCGUCAAGGCUAGCAUCACAGCUGGAAUCCCCAAGAUUGAUUCCGCAACUAUUGUGUUUAGCGAGGAGACAACGCACGAGUUCACCGAGGGGACGACUUAUAUCGAGUCGACCACCCACACUGUUUCUGUUGAGUGCGAAGUCCCACCAAACCACUCCUGUGGUGUCAGUAUGAUGGGAUAUAAGUACGGGGCAGUCAUCCCUUUCACGGCACGCCUCAACCGCACCUACAACACUGGCGAAACAAAAUCGAUGUCCAUCUCUGGGACCUACGAAGGUGUUCAACUGGCAGAAGUCCGGAUUGUGGUGGAUCCUUGUGAGCCGGUACCUGAUCCCACGCCGUGUCCCUGAGAGAUCGACGGAAGAGGCUCAACGGGAUUCAAUGGAUGAUCAAUUGUAUGUUGGAUGGACUUAACAUUGUAACGAAGCUAAAGGAUGUACCUGCUCGACGUUUUAUUUGUCUUAAUAAAUCUUAUAAGAAAAUACUUGGCAUUGAAACGUUCAAGUUCAUCAAUCCUAAUAAAUGAACAUUUAAAAUGUCUUUGUUAUGUAAUCAUCACAAUUCUAUUCAAACUAGGUCUGUAUCAGAAUCACUUAAAUAUUCAAUCAGCGUGCACGUUACAUUCAGGAUCAUUAGCAUUGCUAAAAAAACAAUAAGCGAACGUUAUUGUUACUCCACAAAGUCACAAGUCACGUUAAGCAGCUAUAAUCAAAAGGUGUAUAACCAGAUAACGAAAACAGACAAAAGACAGAUUAUUAGUUGAAU